GUCAGCAUGAAGGCCCUGAUAUUCCUGGCUCUGCUUGGAGCUGCAUUUGCUGCAGCUCUGGAUGAUAAGAUUGUCGGAGGGUAUGAGUGUCCCAGCCACUCUGUUCCCUACCAGGUGUCUCUGAAUGCUGGAUACCACUUCUGCGGUGGAUCCCUGAUCUCCAGCCAGUGGGUGUUGUCUGCUGCUCACUGCUUCAAGUCUCGUAUCCAGGUCCGUCUCGGUGAGCACGACGUCGGCGUGAACGAGGGCACCGAGCAGUGGAUUGACGGCGCCAGGAUGAUCAAGCACCCGCAGUACAACAGCUACAACCUGGACAACGACAUCAUGCUGAUCAAACUGAGCCGCCCCGCCACCCUCAACAGCUUCGUCCAGACCGUGGCCCUGCCCUCCCGCUGCCCCGCGGCUGACGAGAACUGCCUGGUGUCCGGGUGGGGCAACACGUCGGCCAACGGCAACGACUUUCCCGACAGGCUGCAGUGCCUGAGGCAGCCCAUUAUCGAUGACAGGAUCUGCAGGAACGCCUACCCACACCUCCUCACCGAGAACAUGCUCUGCUCCGGGUUCAUGCACGGGGGGGCCAGCAGCUGCCAGGGGGACUCUGGAGGUCCUCUGGUGUGUAGUGGUCAGCUGCAGGGGGUCGUGUCCUGGGGUUAUGACUGCGCCAUGAAGGGACACCCCAGCGUCUACGCCCGUGUGUGCCGCUACAACAGCUGGAUCAGCAAUGUUAUGGGCAACAACUGA